CCGAAGAACAUGCACCAUCAUUGUUGAUCAGAGAUCAGAGCUGCGUGUUUGCGGAUUUAUAACUAAUUACGCCCCUCGAGUGGCUCAGUGUUACCCUCAGUCGAGUGGCAUAUUUACGGUGCGAAACAGUCGAUGCAGUGCGUUUAACGACAGCAGCAUCCGUAGCGGCAGUACCAGUACCACCGGAAUCGUUCCAAAACUACUCUCGGCCGGUACGCGGCUUCCAGCUUCGGCCACAGGAUGGACGUCGAUAGGUACCAUCCGUGCCAAAUCGAGCCGGUAGAUGAAGCGGCUGUUCUGCAGGCUUCCGUUCCAGGCUACGAUACGUUCUGCGUGAUCGAUUACGAAAGCGCUCCGAAGUUUGUGGUCCACAAGAUCGACGAGCUGAGCAAGUUUGAUGCGGCGGUCACUUCCGUGGUGAGCUGUUUCGGUUGCCAGACCGGUAAGGAAGCCGUCCGGGUCGUGUACAGCCCGGUUGGUGAGUUGAACGACUUCGACGACGUACGACGUUACGCGGAGGCAGCAGCUCAAGCCUUACGACGGGCUCUUAGCGCCGGUUCCAAGCAACCGGUGCUGGUUCUGCCCGGCCGAACCGCUCGAUUUAAGCAUGCACCGCUUGUGGCACUGCUGGGUGCUCUGCACGAGCUGUACGUGCCAUUGCAGUUGCGUGAAGACGUCCCUACCAAGAGUCACCGGAUCCGGAAGCUUGGUAUCUGUUGUCCAGCGGACACCCAACUGGCUGGUGAGGUAGUGCGUACGGUCUACGCGCUGGAAGCUGGCCGAUUUGUGGCCCGAGACAUUGGAGGAGGUGAUCCGGAGCGAAUGGCACCACCUCGUGUGGCUGAAUACGUCCAGCAGGCGUUUGCUUCCGGUCGUGUAAAGGUGACCAUCGUUGACGAUCCUACACGUUUCGAGCGGGAGUAUCCGCUUUUCCAGGCGGUGAAUCGUGCGGCCGAAACGGUCCAACGUCAUCGCGGUCGAAUCAUCUUCCUGGAGUAUCAACCACCAAAACCGGCCCGUAAAACGCUCAUACUGGUCGGAAAGGGUGUCACGUACGAUACUGGUGGUGCCGACAUCAAGGCAGGAGGCAUUAUGGCGGGUAUGAGCCGGGAUAAGUGUGGUGCGGCGGCUGUAGCCGGGUUUAUGAAGGUGAUCGAACAACGGCAACCGGCUGAUGUGCACGCGAUCGGAGUGCUUUGUAUGGUGCGCAACUCCGUCGGAGAGGAAUGCUACGUGUCGGAUGAGAUGCUGACAUCUCGGGCUGGAGUCCGUGUGCGUGUUGGUAAUACUGACGCCGAAGGCCGUAUGGCCAUGGCGGAUGCGCUGUGCCAGAUGAAGGAGCGUGUCCUGGCUGAGCGGCUACCCGAUCCGCAUCUCUACACAAUUGCUACGCUCACAGGACACGCCGUACUAGCUGUUGGAAACAGCGCCAUCGUGAUGGACAAUGGUCCGGCUCGGGCUGCUGGCCACGCGUUGGAGUUGCAGCAAGCCGGCGAGGAUGUUGGGGAUCCGUUUGAGGUGUCGGUCUUGCGACGGGAGGAUUUCAACUUCCACAAGGGCAAAUGCUACGGCGAGGAUGUCCUGCAGGCGAACAAUCUUCCGUCCAGCCGGACGCCGCGUGGACACCAGGGACCGGCCGCAUUCUUGAUGAUGGCCACCGGCUUGGACAAGUGCGGACUCAACUCGUCCCAGCCGAUCAAGUAUUCGCAUCUGGACAUUGCUGGUAGUGCUGGGGAUGUACCGGAUACUCCGACCGGAUCACCCAUCCUGGCGCUGGUUCGCACUCACCUGAACUAAAGGGGAGGUGUUAACGUCUCUGGUUUAAACAUUCGUUUUCUCAAUUGGAAUAAAUAUGGAAUACG